AUGGUCCUUCCAGUUCCUCUGCUGUUCCUGAUCACGAUUUCAGGAGUCGUGGAUUCCCAGUACGGACGGUACGGGUAUGUCAGAUACACCAGGAGCUCCAUCUGCACGUUAACAGGAUCCACGGUGACCCUGGGCUGCUCCUACACUUAUCCACCUCCUUAUAUACAGUUCAGUUUCUGGACCACAGAGCCGAUGCCUUACGGCAUGUUGCCCUCUGACCUGAUUACAGACCCCCAGUACCGGGGUCGAGUCCGGUACCUCGGAGACAUGAUGCACGACUGCUCCAUGAUGCUGAGGGACGUGGUGGAGCAGGACGAGAUGGUAUACUUCUUCGUUAUUGUACUGACGUCUGGAGAGGUGCAUUAUGAGGGUGGAGUUAAUCUUUCUGUAACAGGUCUGCAGGUGGAGGUUAACAUGGCUUUAGGAGCUGCAGUAACUCUCACCUGUACAAGCACCUGCACACUGACCGAUUACCCAAGAUUCACCUGGUACCUGGACGGGCAAUAUUCUCCCACUUACACCACCGACUCCAACAGGCUCUAUCUACUGUCGGUCAGUAAGAGAGAUUUCAGCAGUUACAGCUGUGGUUUACAGGGAAACAAAUAUCGCUCACCUGCUGUCCCUCUCAACAUACAGUAUUCUCGGUUUACUGUCUCGGUGUCCGUUAGUCCCGCCGGUGACGUCCUGGAGGGCGGUGAGGUGACUCUGACCUGCGGCUGUGACGGUUACCCGCCUGCGCUGUACUAUGACUGGUACAAGGACAAUAACUUUGAACACAGCGGAGGGACCUACACCAUUAGCAACGUCAGCUCGGCGGACAGCGGCGUGUACCGGUGCAACUGCAGUAACGGAUAUGACGAGCGGUUCGACUCCGUGAUGCUAAACGUUUUGUGUAAGGCGUCGAUUUUAUUUCCUCGUCUCGUUCUCCCAGCAGUUCUCCCAUCCCUAAACGAUUCUUCAGUGUCGGUUCCAGAUCCGCCGAGGAGCGUCGCCGUGUCCAUCGUUCCAUCCGCUGAGGCAGUAGAGGGCAGUUUGGUAGAGCUGACCUGCAGGGACGAUGCUAACCCCCCCGCGGAGGACUACAGGUGGUACAAGAAAGGGGCUCUCAGAGGAGGAAGGAGAACCUUGACCAUCAAGAGGAUCCGCCUCGUUGACGCCGGGGAGUACAAGUGCUCGGCUGGGAACAAACACGGGAGCCGGUUCUCCGCCGCCAUCCAGCUUAGCGUUCUGUAUCCUCCGAAGAGUGCCUCGGCGUCCAUCAGCCCCUCCGGCGACGUGACGGAAGGGAGUUCGGUGACCUUCAAGUGCAGCAGCGACGCCAACCCUCCGGUGGAGGACUACGCCUGGUACAAGGGGGGCGUCUUCCAGAGGGAAGGAAGGACCUACACCGUUAACCGCGUGGGUAUCAAGGACAGCGGGGAGUACCGGUGCGAGGCCAAGAACCAGCACGGCGAGAAAACCUCCAACACGGCGACCCUGAGCGUCUUACCUCAGAGGAAUAACGUCUCGGUGUCCGUUCACCCGCCCGGCGACAUAGUGGAGGGCGAGUCGGUGACACUGACCUGCAGCGGCGACGCUGACCCGCCCGUGACGGAGUACGCCUGGUACAAGGGGGCGGUCAGGAAAGGGAGCGGGAGGACGUACGGCGUCCACAGGAUCAGUUCCAACGACAGCGGGGAGUACAAGUGCCGGGGCAGUAACCAACACGGAGACCAGUUCUCCAUCGCCGUCCACCUCAACGUCCUGUAUCCUCCGAAGAGCGUCGCGGUGUCCGUCCAGCCCUCCGACGACAUAACGAAAGGAACCUCCGUGGUCCUGACGUGCAGCGGCGACGCCAACCCGCCCCCGCCUGCCAAGAGCUACACCUGGUACAAAGAUGGCGCCUUGCUGGGCAGAGGACGGACCUUCAGAGUCGACGGAUUCGUCCCCGAGGACGCCGGAGAGUACGAGUGCAAGUCCGCCAACGCCUACGGAUCCCGGCGUUCCGACCUCGUGUCGCUACGCCUCAGCUAUCCGCCCCGGAACGUCUCGGUGUCCGUGAGUCCGUCUGGGGAGAUAACGGAGGGCGGGUCGGUGACGCUGACCUGCAGGGGUGAUGCUAACCCGCCGGUGAGGGAGUACGCCUGGUUUAAGGGUGCAGCCAAAAUAGGGACGGGAAGGAUUUACAGCAUUAACAGGACCAGCUCCGGGGACAGCGGGGAGUACAAGUGCCAGGCCGGUAACGAACAGGGAUACCAGUUCUCCGUCGGCGUUCGUCUUAACGUUUUAUUUUCUCCAUCCUCAGGAAACACUGUUUACGUUUCCGUGGGGAUCGUCUGCGCUGUUGUGGCGGCUCUGUUAUUGGUGUUCUCCUGCACGAGAUGGAAGAGGCAGCAGAGGAAUCGGCAUGAUUACGAGAACGAUAAUCCUCACACCGACAGCCGGACACACACCCCUCUAAACAACCUGUCCAUGCCCCCCAUGGACACGUCCAGCGCUCCUGCGAGAACUCAGCCCGGUCCUCCUGAUGACACGUACACGGCCCUGGAUCCUCGAACCAUCAGCCCCGAUUACGCAACUCUGGUCACUGUGAAGAACCGACACUGAGAUGAUCCACCCUUCAACUAAUGAAACAGACCUGACCAGCAAUAUGACGCGUCUAUAGUAUAUAGUAAAUAUAAAUAAGUCUAUAGUAUAUAUAAAAUGCUAUUUUUCAUUUAUAAAUCUUAUUGUUAAAUAUGAAGGUGUGAGUAAAGCAGAACAU